AUUAAUGAAUGACUAUCUGUUUCUUCUGAAUUUGCUGCACAGAAGUUACCUGUCCGGGUGGUAUUUAGCAUGCUGUGGAAUCAUGAUGAUUGUGAAGUCCCUUGCUAGCAGUGGAGAAUGAAUGUUUACUGUGGCAGAAAGCUGGUGUAAAUGACUGCUGCUGCCUCCCAGAGCAAGAUAACCUGCUCAGUCAGCUGGAGCCCCCUGCGGACAGCUGUCUCGCUUUUAGCUCAUGGAAAACUGCUACUAACCGCUGAAUGGAAGAGCGUGGAGCAGCAACCAUACUAGCAGCCGCCGCCGCUGCAGCAGCAAGAGCGAGCAAGGACUCUAUUGUUCCCUGGUGUUAAACAGCUUUUCCUUUUCAACUGCCAUGCACAAUAGUGGGGGAGAGGUUUCCGGUCCCCUUCUCCCAUGAAGAAAUUCUGAAGAGGGGAAUAUUAUUUGAAGAAGGUUUUGUGGUUGUGCUGCGGAUUUUGGAGGUGGCAGCAGGCUGCUGGAGACAUGGGGUUGAGCGAGGGGAGCGCUGCUUUCUGCCGUGGUCCAGGGGUUUCUGCUGUGCCAGCCCGGUGCGUGGGAGUUCUUGUGCUUCUGCUGCUGGGAAUCUGGGACGCCCGUGCACAAAGUGAAUUUCAAACUUCAUCGGUGUAUUUGUGGAAGACCGGUCCAUGGGGGAGAUGCAUGGGAGAUGAAUGUGGUCCAGGUGGCAUCCAGACGCGAGCAGUGUGGUGUGCCCACGUGGAGGGCUGGACCACGCUGCCCACGAACUGCAAGCAGCCAGAGCGGCCGGACAACCAGCAAAGCUGUUUUCGGGUCUGUGACUGGCACAAGGAGCUGUACGACUGGCAGAUCGGCAGCUGGAACCAGUGCCGGCCUGUCCUUUCCCGCAGCCAUGAAAAGCCCCUGGAGUGCCUCAGAGGGGAGGAAGGGAUCCAGACAAGGGACAUCACCUGUAUCCAGAAGUCCAAUGGGGUGCCAGCAGAGGAUGUCAUCUGUGAGUACUUUGAACCAAAGCCCCGCCAGGAGCAGGCGUGCCUCAUCCCAUGCCGGCAGGACUGCAUUGUGGCCGAAUUCGCCCCCUGGUCAGAGUGCUCCAAGACCUGUGGCAAUGGGCUUCAGCAUCGAACUCGGCACGUUGUGGCUCCACCGCAGUUUGGUGGGUCUGCUUGUCCUAACCUCACCGAGUUUCAGAUCUGUCAGUCUAGCCCAUGCACUGCUGAAGAAAGCCUGUAUAGCCUAAAUGUGGGACCCUGGAGUGCGUGCUCAGUGCCCCAUUCGAGACAAAUAAGGCAAGCGAGGAAACGAGGGAAGAACAGAGACAAGGAAAAGGACAGAGAAAAGGCAGUUCGAGAUCCUGAGGCUCGUGAGUUAAUUAAGAAGAAAAGGAAUCGAAACAGACAGAAUAGACAGGAGAACAAAUACUGGGACAUACAAAUUGGGUACCAAACCAGGCAGGUCACAUGUACUCACAGAAAUGGGAAAACUGCUGCUCUGAGCUUCUGCAAACAAGACAAGCUGCCCAUUACAUUCCAGUCCUGUGUGAUGACGAAGGAGUGCCAAGUGUCAGAGUGGUCAGAAUGGACCCCCUGCUCCAAAACCUGUUUUGACAUGACAACCCCUAAAGGGAAUCGUACAAGAUCACGGACCAUUAAACAGCUCCCUAUUGGCAGUGAAAGUGAAUGCCCUCAAUUAGAAGAAGCAGAGCAGUGUGUUUCUCAAGGCGAUGGUGUGGCACCGUGCAUUACGUAUGGUUGGCGGACCACAGAGUGGACAGAAUGCCGUGUAGAUCCUCUCCUUAGCCAGCAGGACAAGAGGCGAGGAAAUCAGACAGCGUUGUGCGGAGGUGGCAUUCAAACCCGGGAAAUGUACUGUGUGCAAGCUAAUGAAAAUCUCCUCUCCUAUUUAAAUACCCUCAAGGAAAAAGAAGAAAGUCAGUCACAGAGCAAGUCGAAGGCUAGUGCUGCACCUCUGCUAUCAAUCACUUUUGAAAUAACAGCCUCGAGGCCGGUGGACCCUAAGCUGUGUACGGGACCUCUUCCCAGCACUUCUCAGCUGUGCCAUAUCCCCUGUCCUACAGAGUGUGAGACAUCACCAUGGACAGCCUGGGGACCAUGCACCUAUGAAAGCUGUGAUGACCCUCAGGCCAAGAAGGGCUUUAAACUAAGGAAACGGCGCAUCACCAAUGAGCCUACAGGAGGAACAGGAAACUGCCCUCACCUUGUGGAAGCCAUCCCAUGUGAAGAGCCCUCCUGCUAUGACUGGAGAAUCGUGGGGCUGGAGGAGUGCAUUCCUGACAAUGAGAAGCCAUGUGGCCCUGGUACACAGGUUCCUGUUGUUGUCUGCAUCAACAGUGACGGAGAAGAGGUUGACAGACAGCUGUGUAGAGAUGCUAUCUACCCAAUCCCGGUUGUGUGCGAAGCUCCAUGCCCAAAGGACUGUGUGCUCAGCAUGUGGUCUGCAUGGUCCUCCUGCUCACACACCUGCUCCGGCAAAACCACAGAAGGGAAGCAGAUGCGUGCCCGCUCCAUUCUGGCAUAUGCAGGUGAAGGAGGAAUACAGUGCCCAAACAGUAGUGCACUACAGGAAACACGCAGCUGUAACGAACACUCUUGCACUGUGUAUCAUUGGCAGACCGGCCCAUGGGGACAGUGCAUAGAGGAUACGUCUGUCUCUGCUUUCAACUCCUCUGCCAGCUGGAAUGGGGAGGCCACCUGUUCCGUGGGGAUGCAGACAAGGAAGGUCAUCUGUGUUAGAGUCAACGUGGGACAAGUGGGCCCAAAAAAAUGCCCUGAGAGCCUCCGACCAGAAACUGUGAGACCUUGUCUGCUUCCCUGUAGGAAGGACUGUAUUGUGACUCCAUUCAGUGACUGGACAUUGUGUCCUUCUUCAUGUCAAGAAGGAGGUGUCACAGUAAGGAAGCAGUCCCGUCACCGAGUCAUCAUCCAGCUCCCCGCCAAUGGUGGUCGAGAGUGCCCGGACUCUUUGUUUGAGGAAAAGGAAUGUGAAGCAUCUCCCGUUUGCUAUAGCUACAGGUGGAAGACCCACAAGUGGCGCAGGUGCCAGCUAGUACCAUGGUAUGUCCGCCAAGACAGUCCAGGAGCACAUGAGACUUGUGGACCUGGGCUACAAGCAAGAGCAAUUACGUGUCGCAGACAAGACGGAGGACAGGCUGACAUCAGUGAAUGCCUUAAAUACUCUGGCCCAUUACCAUCCUUAACACAGACAUGUCAGAUUCCCUGCCAAGAUGACUGUCAGUUUACGAACUGGUCAAAGUUUUCUUCCUGUAAUGGGGACUGUGGAGGAGUCAGGACAAGAAAACGCACUCUUGUCGGAAAAAGUAAGAAAAGGGAGAAAUGCAGAAAUUCUCAGCUGUAUCCUCUGAUUGAGAAUCAGUUUUGUCCGUGUGACAAGUACAGUGCUCAGCCUGUGGGAAAUUGGUCAGACUGUAUUUUACCAGAGGGUAAGCUGGAAGUAUUGCUGGGAAUGAAGGUACAAGGAGAUGUUAAGGAAUGUGGACAAGGCUAUCGUUACCAGGCCAUGGCAUGCUAUGACCAAAACAAUCGACUUGUGGAAACAUCACGAUGCAACAGUCACGGUUAUAUUGAGGAAGCCUGUAUUAUUCCAUGUCCCUCAGACUGCAAGCUCAGUGAGUGGUCCAACUGGUCUCGCUGUAGUAAAUCCUGUGGGAGUGGAGUAAAGGUUCGGUCUAAAUGGCUUCGUGAAAAACCCUACAAUGGUGGAAGACCCUGUCCAAAGCUAGAUCAUGUCAAUCAGGCUCAGGUAUAUGAGGUAGUCCCCUGCCACAGUGACUGCAGCCAGUACGUAUGGGUUACUGAGCCAUGGAGUGUCUGCAAGGUGACAAAUGUGGACUUAAAAGAGAACUGUGGAGAAGGUGUUCAAACAAGGAAAGUCAGGUGCAUGCUAAACACUGUGGAUGGUCCUUCUGACACUGUAGAGGACUAUCUCUGUGAUCCUGAAGAGAUGCCGCUUGGUGCUAGAAAAUGCACGUUACCAUGUCCUGAGGACUGUGUUAUGUCUGAAUGGGGAUCAUGGUCUCGAUGUUCUUUGCCAUGCAAUGGAAGUAGCGUCCGCGAAAGGUCAGCUGAAUCUCUGAGACAACCAGAUGAUGGAAAGUCUUGUCCUGCUACCACAGAGACAGAAGUCUGCACUUUGAACAAAAACUGCUACCACUAUGACUACAAUGUGACAGACUGGAGCACAUGUCAGCUCAGCGAGAAGGCUGUCUGUGGUAAUGGUAUCAAAACACGGAUGCUCGAUUGUGUUCGCAGUGAUGGCAAAUCGGUUGACCUGAAGUACUGUGAAGAGCUUGGUUUGGAGAAGACAUGGCAAAUGAAUACAUCCUGCGUGGUGGAAUGUCCUGUGAACUGUCAGCUCUCUGACUGGUCCCCUUGGUCUGAGUGCUCUCAAACAUGUGGCCUUACAGGAAAAAUGAUCAGAAGGAGGACCGUAAAUCAGCCAUUUCAGGGUGAUGGGAGGCCUUGUCCAUCUCAGAUGGAGCAAUUCAAACCCUGUCCAGUAAAACCUUGUUAUCGAUGGCAAUACGGCCAGUGGUCUGCAUGCAAAGUAGAGGAUGCUCAAUGUGGAGAGGGAACACGAGCGAGGAACAUUUCCUGUGUGGUUUUUGAUGGAUCCAUUGAAGAUGUUGGCAAAGUAGUAGAUGAGGAAUUCUGUGGAGAAAUAGAGCCUGUUAUAGAUGGUAAUAAGAAGAUGAUACUUGAGGAAACCUGCACUGUCCCUUGUCCAGGCGACUGUUACUUGAGAGAGUGGUCAGAGUGGAGCCUUUGUCAACUAACCUGUGUCAAUGGUGAGGAUCUAGGCUUUGGAGGGAUACAGGUCCGAUCUCGGGCAGUGAUCAUUCAGGAAUUAGAGAAUCAACAUCUCUGUCCAGAACAGGCUUUGGAAACAAGACCAUGCAAUGAUGGCCAGUGCUAUGAAUACAAGUGGAUGGCUAGCCCAUGGAAGGGAUCUUCUCGAACUGUGUGGUGCCAAAGGUCAGAUGGCUUAAACGUCACAGGGGGCUGUUUAGUGAUGCGCCAACCAGAUGCUGACAGGUCAUGUAACCCACCGUGCAGUCAACCCCACGCUUACUGCAGUGAGACUAGAACGUGCAGUUGUGAAGAUGGAUACACUGAAGUUAUGUCCUCCGAUGGCACACUCGAACAGUGCACUCUCAUCCCAGUGGUGGCGAUCCCCACCAUGGAGGACAAAAAGGGAGAUGUGAAAACCAGUCGAGCUGUGAACCCUACCCAGCCCUCCAGUAACCAGUCAGGACGAGGAAGGACCUGGUUUCUACAGCCUUUUGGGCCAGAUGGGAGGCUGAAGACCUGGGUUUAUGGUGUAGCUGCUGGUGCAUUUGUUUUACUCAUCUUUAUUGUUUCUAUGAUCUAUCUAGCCUGCAAAAAGCCAAAGAAGCCCCAGAGAAGGCAGAACAACCGGCUGAAACCUUUAACCUUGGCUUAUGAUGGAGAUGCAGAUAUGUAAAGUAUAACUUCUUAUGGUGACAAAUGCAGUCUAAACUAAUGGAUUGAAAUCAGAAGGUAUCCAAAGCCACAGGGAUUUUCUAUAGAGUGGAUUAAGUGUUUUGACUUUUUCUUUUUUGUAACUGCAUCAUAGAUAAAGGAUGGAUUUCAUAAUGCCUACGGAUAUUCAAGGUAUUAUUGUUUUACGUUAGACCAUCAGCACUGAGAAGUCUGGCAGAAUCACAUUAACAGACACUGCAGUUGGAGAUUUGUGGUCUUUCCUCAAUCUUACAAACUAUAAGCACCACUUCUGUCUCCAGAAUACUGUAGCUGACAUAGUAAUGACAGUUGGAAGCCCCUGCAUCAUUAACCAAGUAUAAUCAGUGCGCAUGAAGAGUUUGUACCAAGCUGUCUAUGACUCUUUAUAUUCAAGCAUAACAUAUAUACUCAGUUGAACCAUAUGUAUUACUCUAUCAGAUUAUAUACUUGUUAAAGAGCAUUUUAAGGCUUAGUACAAUAUUAACUUUUAACAGGGAUUAACCCACUGAGCAAGUUCAACAGUUUGCCAGUUGAUGAUAACUUGUGUUAACCCGCAUUUCAGAGGGCAAUGACUCACUUGCAAAAUUCUGUCCUGUUACCACUCCAAAGUAUAAAGGCCUCAUAUGUACAUCCAGAAAGGAGGCCUUCUCAGAUUCAGUAUUUUCUGGCGGCUGCUGUCUGGAAAAAGAAUACCCAUUGUAAAUGUUACAAUACGUUUCUACUUUUAACUCUUAAACUGUUGCCUGCAUCUUUUUUGCUACAUGUAAGGCAAAUUUUUGCACUAUAUUAGUGCAGCAUGAUAUGCACUUAACUAGUAUUGCCAUAGAAACUGCCUCUUUUCAGAAAGGAUGAUGAUGUGCAAGGAGUGUCAAGUAGACAGGUCUUGAAUCCUGAAGAGAGUAGCGUUUGUUCUGGACUGCGACUGGAUGGAAUCGGCUAAUGACGUGUACUAUACACACCGUUCCUCGUCACAGCAGCCAUUUGUAGUCUAUAUCAUGGCAGUAAUACAAGUGUCUAGUUUCCUGCCCCAUCUACCUAUACUGGUAUAGAUUGUCCUGCUGGUUUCUAAUUGUACUUUGAAGGCUGUUUAUGACUAGAUUUUUUAUAUUUGUUAACUUUGUUAGAAAAAAAAGAAAAGAAAAAGAAAAGUGGUUGCCCUGUAAUCCUGAGUGACAUACUUACUGUCUAAAAAGGUAUUCUGAUUGUUUAACUUAAAUAAAAUGGGUUUGCUUUUUUCCUUCUGCUAGUGAGAGCAUUUUCACUGUUGCUGACAGUGCAAUACUCAGAGCCCUUUUGUCUUUUCUAAUUAGGAUAAUUGGAUAGACUCUUUUAAUUAUUCAGUUACACUCUUGAGUGUACUGGCAAGUAAA